UAAAUUAGAAUUUAUUAUUUUAUUCUUUUAUUUUCUUUUAAAUUCUUUAAUUCCAAUUGGAUAUAUAUUUGUUAUCUACAUUUUUACAAUAUCAACCUUUAAUCUGAGAUAAAUCCCCACCGAAUGCUAAUCAAAUUUAAGAACAAUUUGUAUUACGGCGAAUAAUGUACAAUUAAAAAAAUCCAUUAUGGUAAUUGGUAGAUAUAUCUAAUCAAAAACAAAUAUCGUCAAGAUACAGCUUCGAAAAAAAUCCAGUGUUAUUGAGGACAACAAUAAAGGUGUUAUAAAUACUAUGGAAUGUAAGUGUAAAGUGUGUUACAGCGAAAAUUGUUAAAAAAAUAACAAAUUCCUACAAAAUGAUGAAUAACGAAGAGAUGGAACCUCUUAAUCCCUUACGUCCUGAACAAGAAAAAAAGAAAUGGGACGUUUUUGAAGAUCCACCAACUGCCGUGGAAUCUGGUUCAACCGUUGAAACAAAAUGGAUUGAUUUUGGUGAAAAAUUCGGAAAAUUUUUUUGUUAUAUCAUAGGAUUUAUAGUGGUGUUAGGUGGAGCCGUUGUUUCGAAAGGAUCAUUAUUAUUUAUGACAUCACAAUUAAGUGGUAAAACAAGACCGUAUUGUAGAACACAAUUAGAUGGCAAUAAACAAUUUACGGUAACUUUACCAUUGGAAGAGAAGGCCGUUUGGAUGUGGAUGAUAACGUUCGCAUUUUUUGUACCGCAAGUCGGCACCUUUAUAAGAUCCGUACGAAUUUUACUGUACAAAGACUGGAGAAAACCGACAACUGCGCAAUUCCUAGGGAUUUUUAUUAGCGAAACUUGUUCUACCAUAGGAACAGCAAUUUUAGUUUUCGUCAUUUUACCUUCUUUAGAUGUUGUCAAGGGCAUUAUGCUUACGAAUGCUUUUAGUUUCGUGCCGGCUGUUUUAAGUUUUUCAUCAAAACUUUACGAUAAAUACAAAUCGAAACGUCGACCAUCAUAUGAUUUCACAAAUAACGUUUCUGAUCCGGAUGUUUUCUAUAGAUUAGGAUUAGAUUUACUUUGUAUCCUCAUCCAAGGAACGGUAUUUUUCAUGUGGCCAAUUGUAGAAGAUGAUCCAGUUCUUUGGUGUAUUCCAGUAGCUGCUAUUUUUAUAUCUGCUGGAUGGUGGGAAAAUUAUAGUUAUGAUAGCGAUAAUGUAAAGAAAAAUGAAGAUUCUAGAGAAAAAGAAAGUAUAAUACGACAAAUUCUUAAGGCUAACAGAAAAUUCUCCAAUAGCAGAUAUUGCGUGUACACUUUUGUUUCAUUAUGGAAAUGUUUUAUUUUUUUUAUGAUGAUGGUUUUUACUGAGUACAGUUAUGAAGGUGAUGUAACUCAUUUAUUUGCCAAUGAUGUUUUUGGAGAACAUAACAUAACAAUUCGUGAAGUUAAACCGCUUCUGAUGAAUCAAUUAUCGAUUAAUGAAGCAGUCUCAAUUGGACCUGGAAUAUUAAUAAAAUCUGAUGUAAUGACUCCGGUUUGGCUGUUUAUAAUUUGCGUAUGCUCAACUUAUUUAUGUUAUAUAUUUGGAAAAUUCUGUUGUAAAGUCUUUAUUCAAGGAUUAUCAUACGCAUUUCCUAUAAAUCUUGUCGUUCCUGUUACAAUAUCCGGACUUGUGGCAAUGUGUGGAGUUCACAACGAAGAUGAAUGUUCCUUCACAGACACCAUCCCACCAUAUUUAUUUUUUGACUCACCACCUAUUCAUUACUUAAAAGAUUUCGUCGGACAACAACACUCAUGGAUGUGGCUACUUUGGUUGUUAUCGCAAGUAUGGAUCACCUUGCAUAUUUGGUCACCAAGAAGUGAACGUUUAGCAAAAACUGAGAGACUGUUUGUGCGACCAAUGUAUGAACCAUUCGCCAUAGAUCAAGAUUUAGCGAUGAACAGACGUAUUCUUGAUCAACCAUUAAAAGAAAGUAAGAGACAAGAAGAGUUUGAUAGAAGACAAGCUUUAUUGAAUUUGGAAAUGAAUAGGAGUGGGAGAAGGAUGGUGCCGGUUGAUGUGGAGGAAGAUAGUAUUUCGAGGAUAUAUGCAUGUGGAACCAUGUGGCAUGAAACGAAAGAUGAGAUGAUGGAGUUCUUAAAAUCAGUUAUAAGAUUAGAUGAGGAUCAAUGCGCUAGAAGAAUUAUUAAGUCAUAUUUAGAUUAUCCAGUUCCGGAUUAUUACGAAUUAGAAACUCACGUAUUUUUUGACGAUGCUUUCGUAAGAGUAACUCAAGAUGACCCAGACCCACAAAUUAAUUCAUAUGUGAAAGAUUUAAUAAAUGCCGUUGAUGAUGCAGCAUCAAAGGUUCACGAAAUUAAUAUUAGAGUAAGACCGCCGGUACGAUCAGUAACACCAUACGGUGGAAGAUUGGUGUGGACGCUUCCAGGAAGAACUAAAUUAAUCGCCCAUUUAAAAGACAAGAAGAAAAUUAGAGCUAAAAAACGAUGGUCUCAAGUUAUGUACAUGUAUUAUCUUCUUGGGCACAAAUUGAUGGAGCGUGAUGAUUGGGAUGAACACAAAAAAACUUUACGUUCAAACAACACUUUUAUUUUAGCUUUAGACGGUGAUAUCGAUUUUCAACCAAAAGCGGUUCGUCUUUUAGUCGAUUUGAUGAAAAAAGAUAUGAACGUAGGAGCAGCUUGUGGGAGGAUUCAUCCCAUUGGAAGUGGUCCUAUGGUGUGGUAUCAAAUGUUCGAAUAUGCUAUCGGGCAUUGGAUGCAAAAAGCUACGGAGCACGUUAUCGGAUGCGUUCUUUGUAGCCCGGGUUGUUUUUCGUUGUUCAGAGGAAGCGCUUUGAUGGAUGCCAGUGUUAUGCGAAGAUACGCGGUGCAAUCUUCCGAAGCGUUACAUUACGUUCAAUUCGAUCAGGGUGAAGAUAGAUGGUUAUGCACAUUGUUGCUUCAGCGUGGAUAUAGAGUUGAGUACUCAGCUGCUUCGGAUGCUUAUACACAUUGUCCUGAAGGAUUUAAUGAAUUUUUCAAUCAACGCAGAAGAUGGAUGCCUUCAACGACGGCAAAUAUUUUUGAUUUGUUAUUAAGUUCUGACAAAACUAUUAAAGUAAAUAAUAAUAUAUCGAGAUUAUAUAUUGGCUAUCAGUUUGUCCUUAUGAUUGGAACAAUUCUUGGACCGGGAACAAUUUUCUUGAUGUUGGUUGGUGCUUUCGUAGCUGCUUUUCAAUUAGAUCAAUGGUCGAGCUUUAUGUGGAACGUCGUUCCAAUUAUGAUCUUCGUGAUAAUUUGUUCGAUAUUUACAAAAGAUACCAUUCAAUUAUUUGUCGCUGGCAUAUUAAGUGGAAUUUAUAGUCUAAUUAUGAUGGCUGUACUUGUGGGUGUUAUACUGCAAAUAAACAGCGAUGGUUUUCUUGCGCCAUCCUCAUUAUUCUUCUUUUGCGUUGCUGGAGAAAUGAUAAUAGCAGCGCUGCUACAUCCAAAAGAAUUUAAUUGUUUAAAAUAUGGCGUGGUUUAUUAUGUAACUGUACCUUGCAUGUAUAUGAUAUUGGUUAUUUAUUCAGUUUUUAAUAUGAACAAUGUAUCAUGGGGUACUCGUGAAGUAACGGUUGCGCCGCAAGCUCAAGGGGCCCCACCUCCAAAUCCUCAACCAGCCAAAAACGAUAAUAAGAGUACAAGUAAAGUCACGAAUUUGUUAGGAUCAAAGAACGACGAUACAAAAGGAGGAUUUGAAUUUUCUUUGGGUAAUAUUUUUAAAUGUUUAUUCUUCACCACUCCGGAUAACGCGGGAAAUGAACAAUUAAAAACGAUUUUGGAUAAACUUAACAGCAUGCAAGAACCAAAUACGAUUGAAAAGAAAGAAGAAAUUUACGACAAACCCCCGUCUAUCGAAUCGAUUGAAAACUUCGAAGGUAGUUUUGUCGAUACAAGCGUUGACGAGAACUUGGAAGGUAGUUGGAUGUAUGAUGAAAAUUUCAAACGGGGGUUUGUAGAGGUGCUUGCACACAAUGAAGUUGAAUUUUGGGAAGGUAUAUUGGAAAAGUAUCUUCAUCCCGUUGACGAUUCCGAAGAAAAGAAACGUAUUGCCGCCGACUUAAAAGCGUUAAGGGAUAAAAUGGUUUUAGCAUUUUUCAUGUUAAACGCUAUAUUCGUAUUAAUCGUGUUUUUAUUGACUUUGAAAAAGGAUUAUAUUAACGUUAAAUGGCCAUUGGAAGUUAAAGCUAAUUUUACUUAUUUGAAUGAUGCGAACGAGAUUAGAAUAUACAAGGACUAUUUAAAAUUAGAACCGAUUGGUGGUGUUUUUCUGAUAGCUUUUGCAUCUCUACUAUUUAUCCAAUUUAUCGCUAUGUUAAUUCAUAGAUUAAAAACGUUUGCUCAAAUCGUUGCUAACACAAAUAUAAGAUUAUUUGAUAGAUCGGUUGAUAAUUUAACGGAAGAAGAAGUCGUUGCGAUGAAUCCAGUUGAGUAUAUCAAAAAAUUACAAAAAUUAAAAGGUGCUGAUGACAGUGAUGAUGAAGAUGAUGCGUUUAUGUUCGUUGCUCCAGAACGGAGGCCGACUGUUUUUCGAUUACAAAAAAGUGCUCUUAAACAGCAACAACCAAUAAAUGAUUUGGAGGAAGCGUUUACAAAAAGAACAGAAUUAAUUGAUAAUUACAAAGGACCAUUACCUAGAAAAACUGUUGAAGUUAUCGCGGAUCGAAGAAGAACUAUAAUGGAAAAAAGAAAAUCUGUUUAUAUACAACAACCUUCUGUAACGCUUAAAGAUGGUGGCCAUAUGAAUAGAGGAUUUGUUAAUGAUGAAUUCACCUCGUUCGCUUGAUACUUUGUUGCGUGUUUGGUGCGUCUCGUAAUAACGCAAAAUUUAUUUAUUUGAAUACAUACUGCACCUAAUUAUGAAAAAAUGAUACAAGAAUCGUUUUUUUUUUGUUUUCAUUUACAAUGUAGCAUAUUUUCUUAAUCAGUAGGCAGAUAUAUUUAUUGUUCGAGUGUAUUAUCUAUAUCUAUCAAUAGGUAUUUAUCAAAGUAAAUAUUUCCAAGGAAUUGCGGCGGUAAUCUAAGUGAAAUCUAAGGUCUGUUCAGUUUGUACUUCAAAGAUAACAUCAAAAAAAUUGUCGAUGAUUGUUAUAGUAUUAAGUUUAUCAUUUAUAUUUUAUUGGUAAUUAUCCUGUAUUAUAAAGCCCUUAAAUAAAAUUUUUAAUAACAA